GCAAAAUAAUAUAUAUAUAAAUACACAUACAUAUGUAAUAGAUAAUUUAUGAACAGUAGCACACACAAUAAUAAAAUCUAACCUAUAUAGGUUAACAUAACAAUAAGAGAAACAAAUUUGUAAUGUUAAGUGUAUAUUGAAAAAUACUAUGGUAGAAUGUAUCCGGCAAAUCAUAAAACUAUUUUCGUAUUAGACCAUACACCUUACUUUGGAAUAUCUUCUGAGUGCCCAUUAGAAUUUGACUUUUUAAAGAGUCGUGGACAAAAUUUAAUACCAUUAGCUCCUGUUUGUAAAUCCUUAUGGACUACAAGCGUUGAAGCAUCCCUUGAAUAUUGUCGCAUUGUUUGGGACUUAUUUCCAACUGGAAAAUUGAUCAGAUACGUUGUGACAGACCGUGCAGCUUACGUGCUAAACUCAUGGAGUCCGCUUCAACAAAAUUUAACCCAUAUAAUGAAUGGAACUGCCAUUCUUGGUGUACCAACAAAAAAUCCAGAUCCAGGAGAAGAUUACUCAGUGAUACAUGGCCUGAGAGUAGCUAUUGAAACGCUCAAUGAAUGUUCAGAGAUUCAACAUGAAAAGAGAACUUCUUUGAAUGUAAAUACUAGUAAGCUUUUGAAUAGGGGUCGAGUGAUUUGUAUAACCAGUGCACGGGAUAAUAAUAAUAUGAAAAGUUUAGAAAAUAUAUUUUUAAAUGAAUUAACUCAAGAGAAUAAAACCGCUCUAGCUUCAGAUCAUUUGAUGCCAAUAGACUAUUGUCAUUUAGUUAUAUUAAAUAUCUGUCCUAAUAACAUUGAAUCUCAAGUCACAAGCCAAGGUCCACGAGAGGUUUCUCCACUUUUGACAGUGGAGGUGCAUUCGAUAAAGGCACCUGCAUUACAUUCAAAGUUAUCACAUCUUAUUUUAUCGCAUUAUGACUUAGCCAGUACGACUGUAACUGGAAUACCAAUGAAGGAAGAACAAAAUGCCAGCUCUUCGGCAAACUAUGAUGUUGAAAUAUUUCAUGCUUCUGCUGCUCAUUCUGCAAUCUUAAAAGGUAAUCCACAAGAUUCAGCAUUACUAAAAACAUUUAGAAGAUUCGAGGAAGGCUCAGAAUAUGAAACGGUGACUUUAAAAUGGUGUACACCUCGAGGCUGUAGCGCAUCAGAAAUGCAAAAUUGCACUGCAAUGCACAGGAUUACUCCUGUAGAUGUAAAUAGUAGACCAUCUUCUUGCCUAAUUAAUUUUCUUUUAAAUGGUAGAUCUGUAAUGUUAGAAAUGGCAAGAAAAAGCGGUGGUAAAACAAUAUCUCAUUUACUUGCUGCCCAUGGUGGUGAAAUUUUCAUCCAUACAUUAUCUACAGCAAGAAGCGUUCUUGAAGAUCCACCUUCUAUCAGCGAAGGUUGUGGUGGUCGUGUUACGGAUUAUAGAAUAACCGAUUUUGGAUCUCUUAUGAGAAACAAUAUGUUAGUGCCUUUAAAACGUAGUCCAAACAGUACUUUAGAAGGACCAGUGGAAAGAAUGAGACCAAGAUUAGAACGUCAUACAAAAUACUGGCCGAUUACAAUUUCUAGUACUCUCAUAUUCAACGUCAAACAAUUACUCGAUACUUUACCAGAAAUAAUGAUAAAAAGUGAAAUAACACAGGAAGAGGUUUUACAGUGCAAACAAAUAAUCUUUAGUGUACUUCAAUUUGAAACGAAACAUGAAACAUUUUCGAUGCCAAAUAUAGGCGGUGGAAGAGUUGGUAAAGGUGGUGCUCGUCGUGAAGAACACUAUCGUUUGUUAUGGAGUGAAUUGGAAAUGUUUCUCAAGCAUCAUGCAAAUAAUUCUGCUGCUCAUAUGGAAGUUUUAAAUUGUUUGCUGGAAGUAAAGAGCAAGGACGAUAAAGAUAAAGUUGAGUUGGAUCAAGCUUUACGCGAAUUGGAUGGUAGUUUUGGAAAGGAAGAUGGAACUGCACGAGCAAGUGUGAUCAGAGCAACAACAGAUUCACCUAUGUCACCACCAGCAAGUACAUCGAUAUCCCUUGGAAAACAACUUCACAAAGGGAAUCACCAUACACCUAAGACUUUGUUAGAUAUCUGGUUGCAACGAAGUACGCCGAAGGAAAAGAAACCAGAUUUUCAUGGUCGAAUUAAUAGUGACGGUUCUAAGGCUAAAUUAUAUCCUAACUUGAAAGAAAGUGGAAGAGAACCUAGAGAAACGAUAUUAGAAGGAUAAGGUAAAGGUAGGAAACGAAUAAUUAAAUAAUAACUAAUAAUAAGUGUCAAGUUAAUUAUACAUUUUAUGGUCUAUCGAUUAUUUUUAUUACGAACUAAUAAAUGUUUCAAUUGGUUUUUUAGUCAUCAAGUAGUAUUACUAAAAAUAAUCCAAACAUUUCACGGUAAUAACAAGAAAGCAUAUAAACAUAAAAAUACGCGUUACAAAAAUAUUUUAUAUCUAAUAUAAAUCAUGUGACUUUUUUUUAUUUUAACGAUAACGCAUUUAUAAAAGUAUGAAUUCUUUAUAUAAUGUUUAUAUAAUUAUUUGAAACGCAAAAUCAAAUUAAAACUUUAAACAAUUUUCGAUGCUUUCUAUUGUUCAUAAUGGUCAAUACAUAAAAAGAUAAUAAUUUAUCACGUUCAAGUAAACGCACUCGAGAGUAUGAAAGAAAAUAAAAUAAAGAAAUAUUUGAAUCGUAAAAUAAGUGAAAUUAAUGGAUGAUGUAUGAUAUCGAUGACUUAACUCUGAUAUAAAUAAACUUAAUUUCAAAUGGAAAGACAACAUGCAUGAAUUUAGUUCAUUGAAUUAGAAAAAAAGAAAAAAAAAGUACAAAAAGAAAGAAA